UUGAAAAUAGUGGGUUUUAUAUUUGUAUUUUUUAAAUUGAGAUGGGCGUAUUCAACUGCUUGUUUGUGAUUGGUUGAAAACCAGUUAGUAGUUUUUGUACACAAAAUGUAGCCUAUCACAUUAAGACUACGUUAGUUUGAAUUUGUUUUGCAUCAUUUUACGAUUGAAGUUUAAAUAAACAUUAAAUUGUUUCACAGGUUAUGUAGACUAUUUAAGAAUAAAUUAUUUUUACUAAUUUUAUUUAAAUUUUUUCCAAUGUAAAUUCAAGAAAGGUAGCCUACUAUACAUUUGAUGUAGGGCUAUUUGUUUAGCCAUCAAAGAUAUUAAGCAUUCUGAAGUUUGGGGUGGGCCUAUAUGUUUUAUUGGCAGCGAGGGCCGUUGUUGUCAUGGCACUGGGUUAAAAUAUUAUUUUUUUAUUAUUAUUUUUGCUGUUUUUUUAUUAUUAUUUUUGCAGUUUGCUGCUAACAGUGAAUAGCAAGGACCAGUAACGUUCCCAAGCUCCAGUCAUGAGCCCAACACACCAGAAUGGGCAGAAUACUGAGAAACUUGAUUUUGAGAUGCCUCGCACAAAGCAAGCCCGGCGCUCCCAGGCCGCAAAGAAGAGGAUGGCAGACCGGAUGGCUGCUGAUCCUGAAGAGGCUCUGCCACCUCUUAAAAAAUUGGCAGAAGUAACAGAACGUUGUGUACAUCACAACGGGGCUAUAAAACUGGGUCAUAACAGUGGUCAUAACCGUGGUCAUAACCUUGGGCUAACAAGUGGUCAAACAAGUGGUCAAACAAGUGGUCAAACAAGUGGUCAAACAAGUGGUCAAACAAGUGGUCAAACAAGUGGUCUAACAAGUGGUCUAACAAGUGGUCAAACAAGUGGUCAAACAAGUGGUCAAACAAGUGGUCUAACAAGCGGUCUAACAAGCGGUCUAACAAGUGGUCUAAACAAUGAUGCUAAAAACACGGAUCAUAAUAGUACUGUUAAGAUGACCAUGAAAGCUGUUUCUGAUUUGUGUCCACAGAAAUCGUACAUCAGUGGCUCUUUCCAUCAAGGAGAUUACCGUUUUGGUCGGAAUAGGGGAAGUCAAUGUGGUGCAAACUGUUUAACUGCAAUUUUGAUGAGUAAGAUGAAAAAUGUGUUGCAGUGGACGAGAAAUGACCUGAAUGCUGUUCUGAUCCAUGGAGAUGACCUGUACAGUGCCAUGAGAGACGCAGGGAAAAUCAACGAUCCUGAAUCCGGCUUCAUAGCUGUUCAUGAGCUACCAGACACACACACACUUAAAGAUAGUCGGUUUUCAAUAAACUAUGGUGAAACAUUGACUGGAUUGUUUGGUGUCAAUAAAUAUGAUGGGGAACUACAGGGGUAUGCGAUGUCAUUUGAUGAAGCAGUAAAUCGAGCAUUCCAGAGGUUUGAUACUGUUUUAGUGAAUAUUAAGCUAACCAUAUGUGCAGCUGUCAGAGAAGGUUCCUGGUAUGCAGUGAUUGAUCCACAUUCAAGACGAGGUGAUGGCAGAUGUGUAGCUGACGGUAAGAGUGUAGUGGUUUACCAUCGUAACUUGCACUCGCUGAUUGUUCAUUUCCGGAAACUUGCCGCAUCUAUAAAUGCACGUUACCAGGAGUUUGAGGUAACUGGGGUCAACGCGGUUAUGACUGGAUUAAAACAGCCAUUCUGGCAAGUGAUUGAGAACGCUGGUCCAGCAGAAAAUGAGAGUGAAGGUGAGAAGUCGGACGUGGAAGUUGAUGUUGGGUGCAGUGAAUUUCUGAAUGAUUUCAUGGACAAAACAUCUGUGAAAGAAACUUGUGCACAACAGAGAAUGAAAAUGACAUACCCAACUAAUGAAAAUGCAGGUGAUGUUACAUUCCUUUCACAAACUGCUAGUGUUUCUUUAAGGUUUAGUCCAUUAACAUUUGAGCAACAAAAGGGUGUUUGCUUAAAGUUAAACAUUGCAAACAUUGUAAAACCAUCUGAGUACAAUCCACCUGAGACUGUUGAAGUGGUUGAGCCUUGUGAAACGAACAAGACUGUUGCGGAUGGAAACUCUUUUUUUAGAGCUUUAGCCUUUGCUGUAAGUGGAACGGAACGAGAACACCGAAAAGUGAGACGAGCUGUCGUUACACACAUUCUGCAGAAUGAAGAAAAGUACCUACAGUAUCUCAGACAAGGAUACAGCUCUGUACCAGACUACAUUGCCAAAACAAGAAUUAAAUUCGUUGGAAAUCGGGCUACAGAGAUGGAAAUUCAAGCAGCCAGUGAUUUAAUUGGCAUAGACAUAUUUACAUACAGUCAAGAGAAAUGGUUUAGAUUUUCAUCUUCAAAUGCUUCCUUUAAUGCACAUGGUUGUCAAGACAGUGGCAUAUAUUUGAAAUAUGUAAACAGCUGCCAUUAUGAAGUUGUUGUAUGUGGAAAUAGCAAGGAUGGUAACUGUGUAUUAUUUUGUAAAUCACCAUCUCAACAUUCACUGCCUGAUCUAGCAUCAAAUGUGUCUUUAAAGUCACUUGAGGAUUCUAGUGAGAAACUUGACUGCAACAAUAUUUAG